CUCCCCUUCACACAGCACCAGGGCACAAUCAGGGCCUUGGGGUGCUGUGCAUGCCAGCGGGGGGCACGGGGAGCCCCUGGCUGCUGAGAUGCUGUUGUGUAGCUGCUGGGGGUUGACCUGAGACUGAGCGGUCCCAGCUUGUAGGAGGACAUGGAGGCGUUUUUGCUUGCCAAUGGCUACCAGCUUGGCAAGACCAUUGGGGAGGGAACUUACUCCAAAGUGAAGGAGGCCUUAUCCCUAAAGCAUCGGAAGAAAGUGGCAAUUAAAAUAAUUGAUAAGAGGGAAGGCCCGGAAGAAUUUAUUCAGAGAUUCCUGCCCCGGGAGCUCCAGAUCGUCGGGCGCUUGGACCACAAGAACAUCACCCGGGUGUACGAGAUGCUGGAGUCUGCAGAGGGGAAGAUCUACCUCGUGAUGGAGCUGGCGGAGGACGGGGACAUCUUCGACUGCGUGCUGCGCGAGGGUCCCCUGCCCGAGCACCGCGCCAGGGCGCUCUUUCGUCAGCUGGUCGAGGCCAUCCGGUACUGCCACGGCUGCGGGGUGGCUCACCGCGACCUCAAGUGCGAGAACGCCCUGCUGCAGGGCUGCACCGUGAAGCUGACGGACUUUGGCUUCGCCAAGCUGCUCCCCAGGGGCCGCCAGGAGCUGAGCCGCACCUUCUGCGGCAGCACGGCCUACGCGGCGCCUGAGGUGCUGCAGGGGGUGCCCCACGACAGCCGCAAGGGCGACAUCUGGAGCUUGGGCGUCAUCCUCUACGUCCUGCUGUGCGCCUGCCUGCCCUUCGAUGACACCAACAUCCCCCAGAUGCUGUGCCAGCAGCAGAAAGGCGUCUCCCUGCCCAGGCACCUUGGGGUCUCCAGGGAGUGCCAGGACCUCCUGAAAAGGCUCCUGGAGCCAGACAUGGUCCUGAGGCCCUCCGUGGAGGGGGUCAGCAGGCACCCCUGGCUGGCGAACCCCUGAGAAGUGCUCGUUCCACUCUCCCCCCAUGGGACAGAUUGCUUCUAAAAUGACGAUAAAUUUGGAUGUCAGUGUUUACCAUCUAUACAGCCUCCUGGGUGCCCUGCCAGGCCUCUGGCUGACAGAGACAGGGCCUGGUUCAUAUCUGGACGCUUCUACCUGCUCCCUCAAAGCCCUCGGCCUUCAGUGGCAGGGAGCAGGACAGACACAGCAAACUUCACGCAAGUUCCACGCAGCCUGGGGCAGCGCUUGGACGUGGGGCCACUGGGAUACACAACAGGGCACGCUGGCUGUGAGCAUCCCAGCUGACCGGACACCUCUGCUUGUCCUCGUCCCUCUCCCCUCAUCCUCCCAGCUAAGUGAACCUCCCUUGGGGU